AAAGUCAGGAAAUGAAUUUGUUCUGUUUCUCUUACAUGAUCUGUCUUAUGUGCGUCUUUUAAAAUGGCUUCAACAUGUUAAUAUGGAUAAAUUGCGAAGAUUAUCUUUUCAUUGGGUCAGAUAUGAGAUCAUAGUUCAUUUGCCAGAAGACCGUCAAAUGUUUCCUGUAACAGUUAGGCCGACAGAAACUAUUAAAGACCUCCGAGUGCACCUAGUUAAACAAGGGGUCACUUCCUGGAAAAAGCACUUCUAUUACAAUGGACGGCAGUUGGGGGAAUAUGAAAUCAUUAAAGAUGUUAACAUCAAGAAUGGAUCCGUCAUUUUACUUUCUUGUGACAUUUGAAGAUGCCUCCAACAAGUAAUGAAUAAAGACCUACAUAUGCAGAUAUAUGUGUAUGUUACAUUAGUUUGGAAUUCUAUAAAAUAUUUCAGUGUUAUUUGCAUUUAGUCCCGACUGAGCUGUUACUGGAUGCUGCAUGCAAUUCUCUUUCCUUCAUUGCUGCAAUUCCAUCUGUGUAAAGGAAACCUACUCUCUAGUAUGUUCAAUAAAUAAACUUCACCAACAACUGUAAACAAA